CUCAUGGCGGCGGCAGCGGCGGCGGCAGCGACAGUGCCGGCGGCUCUCGGCGGCUGGAGCCGGAUCCUGUAGCCGGGGUGUGGGCCCUCGUCAGUCCGUCCCUCCUUCGGCUCCCUCUCGUCUUCCGGAGUGUGGCUGGCGCAACCGCGAUGGCGGAGCGAGGCCUGGAGCCGUCGCCGGCCGCGGUGGCCGCGCUGCCCCCCGAGGUGCGGGCGCAGCUGGCGGAGCUGGAGCUGGAGCUGUCUGAGGGGGACAUCACACAGAAAGGAUAUGAAAAGAAAAGGUCCAAACUUCUGUCUCCUUACAGCCCACAGACUCAAGAAACUGAUUCCACAGGACAAAAAGAAAGAAACCAAACUCCUGCUCCCACGGCAGCUCAGACUUCCGCUCCUUCCAAGUACCACCGUUCACGUUCUGGAGGUGCCAGAGAUGAGAGAUACCGAUCAGAUAUUCACACGGAGGCAGUCCAAGCUGCUCUGGCGAAACACAAAGAACAGAAAAUGGCUUUGCCCAUGCCCACGAAGAGGCGGUCCACACUUGUCCAGUCUCCUGCGGACGCCUGCACGCCUCCAGACACGUCUUCGGCCUCUGAGGAUGAGGGCUCUCUGAGACGCCAAGCUGCGCUCUCUGCUGCCUUGCAACAAAGCUUGCAGAAUGCCGAGUCCUGGAUCAACCGCUCAAUCCAGGGAUCGUCCACCUCUUCAUCUGCGUCUUCCACGCUGUCCCAUGGAGAGGUCAAAGGAACCAGUGUGUCUCUAGCUGACGUAUUUGCCAAUACUCGAAUAGAGAAUGUCUCUGCUCCUCCCGAUGUCACUGCAACUACCUCUUCCUCCUCUUCCUCCCUUCGCCCUGCAAACAUCGACCUGCCCCCUUCCGGCAUAGUUAAAGGCAUGCACAAAGGAUCCAACAGAUCCAGCCUUAUGGACACAGCUGACGGUGUUCCUGUUAAUAGUAGAGUGUCCACAAAAAUCCAGCAGCUUCUCAACACUCUGAAACGACCCAAAAGACCCCCCUUAAAGGAAUUUUUUGUGGAUGACUCUGAAGAAAUUGUGGAAGGUAUACCUCAGCCAGAUCCCAACCAGCCGAAGCCCGAGGGCCGGCAGAUGACCCCAGUGAAGGGAGAGCCCCUGGGCGUCAUCUGUAACUGGCCACCUGCACUGGAAUCUGCCCUGCAGCGCUGGGGCUCCACCCAAGCCAAGUGCCCCUGCCUGACUGGGCUGGAUGUAACCGGGAAACCAGUCUACACCCUCACAUACGGGAAGUUGUGGAGCAGAAGUUUAAAGUUGGCUUACACACUGCUUAAUAAACUGGGAACAAAAAACGAACCUGUGUUAAAACCUGGAGACAGGGUUGCCCUGGUUUACCCCAACAAUGAUCCUGUCAUGUUUAUGGUGGCUUUUUAUGGAUGUCUCCUGGCAGAAGUGAUUCCAGUACCCAUAGAAGUACCCCUGACCAGAAAGGAUGCCGGAGGUCAGCAGAUUGGCUUCUUGCUAGGGAGUUGUGGGAUUGCCCUAGCUCUCACCAGUGAAGUUUGCCUGAAAGGCCUGCCAAAAACCCAGAAUGGAGAAAUUGUACAGUUUAAAGGUUGGCCUCGCCUCAAGUGGGUUGUAACAGAUUCUAAGUACCUUUCAAAGCCACCCAAAGACUGGCAGCCGCACAUCUCACCCGCGGGCACGGAACCAGCAUACAUUGAGUAUAAAACAAGCAAAGAAGGGAGUGUGAUGGGAGUCACAGUGUCCCGGCUCGCAGUGCUGUCUCACUGCCAAGCUCUGUCUCAGGCCUGCAACUAUUCUGAAGGAGAAACUGUAGUAAAUGUUUUAGACUUUAAGAAGGACGCUGGGCUGUGGCAUGGCAUGUUUGCGAAUGUAAUGAAUAAGAUGCAUACAAUUAGUGUACCCUACUCUGUCAUGAAGACCUGUCCUCUCUCUUGGGUCCAGAGAGUCCAUACUCACAAAGCCAAAGUAGCGUUAGUGAAGUGUCGAGACCUACACUGGGCCAUGAUGGCACAUCGGGACCAAAGGGACGUGAGCCUCAGUUCUCUGCGGAUGCUAAUUGUCACCGAUGGUGCAAAUCCCUGGUCUGUGUCUUCCUGUGAUGCUUUCCUGAGUCUGUUCCAAAGCCACGGACUGAAACCUGAGGCUAUCUGUCCAUGUGCCACAUCUGCAGAGGCCAUGACUGUAGCCAUCCGAAGGCCUGGGGUUCCAGGGGCUCCUUUGCCAGGAAGAGCCAUUCUCUCGAUGAAUGGACUGAGCUAUGGGGUCAUACGGGUCAAUACUGAGGAUAAAAACUCAGCACUGACUGUCCAGGAUGUGGGACAUGUCAUGCCUGGAGGCAUGAUGUGCAUUGUGAAACCAGACGGACUUCCUCAGCUCUGCAAGACAGAUGAGAUUGGAGAAAUCUGUGUCAGCUCCAGGACUGGAGGAAUGAUGUACUUUGGACUUGCUGGCGUGACCAAAAAUACAUUUGAAGUGAUUCCAGUGACUUCGUCGGGCUCUCCUAUAGGGGAUGUUCCCUUCAUCCGGUCAGGAUUGCUAGGAUUUGUCGGGCCCGGUAGCUUGGUGUUCGUGGUUGGAAAAAUGGACGGGUUACUCAUGGUCAGCGGCCGAAGACAUAACGCUGACGACAUCGUUGCCACUGGUCUGGCGGUGGAGUCGAUAAAGACUGUCUACCGUGGGAGAAUUGCUGUGUUUUCUGUGUCUGUGUUUUAUGAUGAGCGCAUUGUGGUGGUGGCAGAACAAAGGCCUGAUGCAUCUGAGGAAGACAGCUUCCAGUGGAUGAGCCGUGUGCUGCAGGCAAUUGACAGCAUCCAUCAAGUCGGUGUGUACUGUCUUGCCCUGGUGCCAGCCAACACAUUACCAAAAACCCCACUAGGAGGAAUCCAUAUAUCCCAGACAAAACAACUCUUUCUGGAGGGUUCUCUACACCCGUGUAAUAUCCUCAUGUGCCCACAUACAUGUGUGACAAACUUGCCAAAGCCCCGACAAAAGCAACCAGGUGUAGGCCCUGCUUCUGUGAUGGUUGGGAAUCUGGUUGCUGGUAAACGCAUCGCACAGGCUGCCGGAAGGGACCUGGGCCAAAUAGAGGAGAAUGAUCUGGUGAGGAAGCACCAGUUCCUGGCGGAGAUUUUGCAGUGGCGAGCCCAGGCAACUCCUGACCAUGUCCUCUUCAUGCUGUUAAAUGCCAAGGGAACGACAGUGUGCACGGCCAGCUGCCUGCAGCUUCAUAAGCGAGCAGAGAGGAUCGCUUCAGUCCUUGGUGACAAGGGACAUCUGAAUGCAGGGGACAAUGUGGUAUUGCUCUACCCACCCGGUAUCGAGCUGAUCGCUGCGUUCUAUGGCUGCCUGUACGCAGGGUGUAUACCUGUGACUGUGCGGCCCCCUCACGCACAGAACCUCACUGCCACCUUGCCCACAGUGCGCAUGGUCGUUGAUGUCAGCAAAGCAGCGUGUGUCCUCACCACUCAGACUCUGAUGAGGUUGCUCAAGUCUCGAGAGGCAGCGGCAGCUGUGGAUGUGAAAACCUGGCCAGCCAUCAUUGACACAGAUGACUUACCCAGGAAACGGUUACCUCAGCUGUAUAAACCACCCACUCCUGAGAUGUUGGCAUAUCUUGACUUCAGUGUCUCCACAACCGGCAUGCUCACGGGCGUGAAGAUGUCCCACUCAGCAGUCAAUGCUCUCUGCAGAGCCAUCAAGCUCCAGUGCGAGUUGUACUCUUCCCGGCAGAUCGCCAUCUGCCUUGACCCUUACUGUGGACUUGGCUUUGCACUCUGGUGUCUCUGCAGUGUGUACUCGGGUCACCAGUCCGUUCUGAUCCCUCCUAUGGAGCUGGAAAACAACCUCUUCCUCUGGCUCGCCACUGUCAACCAGUACAAGAUCAGGGACACCUUCUGUUCCUACUCAGUCAUGGAGCUCUGCACUAAAGGGCUGGGGAACCAGGUGGAGGUGCUCAAGACCCGAGGGAUCAACCUUUCUUGCAUCCGGACCUGUGUGGUGGUCGCAGAGGAGCGGCCCCGGAUCAGCCUCCAGCAGUCCUUCUCCAAGCUCUUUAAAGAUAUUGGCCUGUCCCCUCGAGCUGUCAGCACCACUUUUGGAUCCAGAGUCAAUGUAGCAAUAUGUUUACAGGGAACCUCAGGGCCUGAUCCGACAACUGUGUAUGUAGAUCUGAAGUCGCUGAGACAUGACAGGGUCCGUCUUGUGGAAAGGGGUGCGCCCCAGAGUCUCCUGCUUUCUGAAUCUGGAAAGAUCUUACCUGGAGUAAAAGUCGUUAUUGUGAAUCCUGAGACCAAAGGACCUGUUGGAGACUCUCAUCUGGGAGAGAUCUGGGUGAAUAGCCCACAUACUGCCAGUGGCUACUAUACCAUCUACGAUAGUGAGACUCUGCAAGCCGAUCACUUCAAUACACGUCUGAGCUUCGGAGAUGCUGCCCAGACACUCUGGGCUCGGACAGGGUACCUCGGGUUUGUGCGCAGGACUGAGCUCACCGCAGCCACUGGAGAACGUCAUGAUGCCUUGUAUGUGGUGGGUGCACUGGAUGAGACACUGGAGCUGAGAGGAUUACGAUACCAUCCUAUUGAUAUAGAGACCUCCGUGUCCCGCGUCCACAGGAGCAUUGCUGAAUGUGCUGUGUUCACGUGGACCAACUUGCUGGUAGUCGUUGUGGAACUGUGCGGCUCUGAACAGGAAGCCCUGGAUCUGGUUCCUCUCGUGACCAAUGUGGUCCUGGAAGAGCAUUACCUCAUCGUUGGUGUUGUAGUUGUUGUGGACCCAGGGGUUGUCCCCAUCAACUCCAGAGGAGAGAAGCAGAGGAUGCACCUCCGAGACAGCUUCUUAGCCGACCAGUUAGACCCUAUCUAUGUGGCUUACAACAUGUAGCCAGCACUGGAGGGGCCGCAGGGAAGACCUGUGGCUAGGAGCAGUCUCUCAGCUGACAUGAAGAUGGCCCCAGCACAGCCUUCAUCUCAUCCUGUGGGAUUCUGAUGUCACAGAACACCCAGGAAAGGGGAAUUCUGUGGUAGCACCGAGAACAUGUUAGCAGUCUGUCAGACCUAACCUCUGGCAUGUGCGACAGCACGUUACUGAAGCAGUUACAUGCAUGUUGCGCUACCCUCAUCUGGUAUAUAGACCUGCAUUUUUACUUAACCUUCUAGACUUUUGAAAGGGAGUCUAAUGAAUUCACACGAAGGGGUAACCUGAGUCCCGCAGUUCCCCACUCUGUACUGUAUUUUGCUAUUUCCCGUAGUCAAGUGUGCUGCAGGGUUUCCUACCAUGAAGCUAUCAAGCUUGAGUCAGCCCAUAAGCAAAUCAAAUAACCCAUGUGAGAACUGCUUUAUGUGUCUAACUCAAUUAUAAACAUUCUGACCAGUGUUUAAACAUGUAAAUAAGAACACACAUAAUUCAACUAAAGAACCAGGCCAUCCCCUUGCAUAACUGCAGCCUGGGCAGCUGAGCUUACGCUGUGGUGGGCCGACUGGCCCAGCAGGGCAGCCUUCAGUGGGAUGUUCUCAAACUAAAGCUGUCUGAGGUUGUCUGUAAUGCUUAUACUUCAGAAUUAGCCUGAGCUUCUAGGAAUUCCUCAGCCCAUUCCUCUAAGCUGAAAAACACUCAUAUCAGAAUUUAGACUUAAGAGUCAGCAGUUCCUAACCUGCUCUGCAGAAGCGCAACAGUUCACUCAGGCCAUGGUUGGAACUCUCUCACGCCUUGGGUGACUACCGGGAUUGCAGGCUUCCGCUUCUCUCUGCUCUGUGACUGCAGUUUACACAUAAAUCAUCCCCUGGAAACUGAGGCGCGAGCUCUUCCUCAGAAGUCUGUGAGGGUGAACGCUAACGGCUGGGGCAGGAGUAGGAUCCGCCAGCUCAUGGAACCGUAGGCCACACGCGCACAUUCACCAAUAACCAGUCUGGGUGGCCAGAGCAGUCAGGCUGCUCUGACACAGGGAAGUCAGCUAGGCAAGAAACUCUUGAAAUAACCGGCGCCUGAGCCUCACUCAGUGUGGAACUGAGUUUGGCUUCUGGCUCAGUUCCCAUUUUUUGGUCUGAAACUUCAUGUAUUUGAAUAUAGUUAAAUUUUAUUAUUUUUUUCUUACAGAAAUAUUUUUAAAAAUUAAAGAAAACCUCAAGUGAAAAAGAAUUAACCUGCUAAAUCAGAAUGGUUCUCUUUGGCCAGUUCUGGUCUAUUGUGUAAAUAUUUAUUUAGACUAUUUUGAUAAUACAUAUUAUUUACCCCACUGUAACAUCCUGUAAACUAAAUGUGUUUUUAAGCAAUUUUUAAGACUUGUAAUUACCCUAAAAAUAAGGUUUAUUAAGCCAAGACCAGACUCUUGAGCAGGGCAGCACUGCUGGGCUGUCGUCAGUCUCACCAGGUGGCCUCUGUGGCCCCUUCUCCAUAGUCCUCUUCCUCCAAUCAUGCUCCACAGAAGGAAGACCUCUGCUGCCACCUCAGGGUUAUGUGUGCACUUGGGAUACGAUUGGUCUGCAUGGGAUGAGGGAGAUGUCAGGGUGUACAGAAGGGCAGAGUGACGCCCCAUCUCACCAUCUCGAGAUUGGUUCCUUUACAAAGGAAGUGGCCUGCUUAUUUUGAAUGUCUUAAAACUAAUUGUUUUGCUUUUUUUUUUUUUUUUUUUUUUUUUUGGAGACAGGGUCUUUUGAUAUAGUCCAGGCUGUGCCCUUCCUUCCCGCACUGAGUUUCCAGGUGUACCCUGCCGUGUGUAGCUCUUAAAACGGUCUGUGAUACCUGCUAAGCCAGGCAGGGCCUAGGUAUCAAACAGUUCCGUGUUGGCAGUCCCACAUUCUAAAGUCCCUGAGUUCUAAGAAAAAAAACUUUAGGCCAGCUCUGUCUUGACUGAUAACUCUUACGAAUGCCAAUUAUUAACUUGGUGUCACUAUCCAGGACACAUUGUCUACAAUAAAUUUAAUGUGAGCCACAUCUGUACUUUAAACUUUCCUAAUAACUACUUUAAAUAACAACAAUAACAACAACAAAAAGGUCUCAUUGUAUAAUCCUAGCUGCUUACAACUCGCUCUAUAGACCUGGCUCAUGUCAAACUCGGAGCAAUCCUCUUUCUGCCUCCUGGGGCUAAAGGCAUGCAGCACCAAACCCUGCUAAUACAGCAUUUAAACGUUUCCUAAAGCAUAUGAUAUUAAUAUAUUUACCAAAAGUACUAUUGCUUUGAUAUAAAAUCAUUGAGAUGUUUUCUGUUCUCUCUAUAAUUUCAGAAAUCCUGUGUGUAUUUAGUUUGGACUAGCCAUUCCAGGUCUCAGUGGCCAAACCUGGCUAGUGACUACCGAAUCGGUCAGUACAGCCUGUUUGCCAUCAUUCCUUCAAGCCCAGUUCUGUAUCCAGUCCAUCUCACUGGCUAGCUCCCAGCCAAUCAUUCCCAGGUCAUCUUUUUUAAGGCAGUGCUGGAGUGGAACCCAGGGCCUGUGCAUAACAAACACCCUACUACUGAGCCCAGGUUGGUCUGGAACCUCUGGUCUUCCUUUCUCUGUCCUGAGUACUGAAAUUGCAGCAGACACCUUCAUGCCUUGCCCAGGCCUCUAUAGUUUUUUUCCUCCUUCUGAUAAUGACCACUGUUUUUAUUUUCCUGUUGCUUUUCUUUGAGUCCAUCCCCCAAAGCCAGACUUUCCUAGUAGAGGAACAAACCCCGAGUGCUGUCCCUGGGGACCCUCACUGGCGUGGGAUGGAUCCUGGGGCUGCCUCAGGCGUGAGGUUGUUUCCCCUUGAUAGAUAGCAUCUUGGUUCUGGCGCAUUCCAGGGGAAGCUUCGGGCUUGAUCUGACAGUGAAAUCAGUCCUAAAAAUCCAUUAUUAAUAAAACAAAAAGCCCUGCAGAAAUUCCCAGCCACUAAACUUGAUAGGAGGAGGCCAAGAGUAAACCCUAUCUUAGUUACAAAAGAGAAAAAAAAUUUUUUCUGUUUUCUCGUUUUGUUUUUUUUUUUUUUUUU